ACCCUCGUUUUGGGAAUGCUAUACCCACAGACUCGCCAACCCCUCCUCCACGUAAAAGCCUUGAUCUCGCCAACGAUCCCCACACCUUUCGGACUCCGACCCUCAUCUACAACAGAUACCCUCGAAAUAUGCCAAUGAAGCGGGUUCUGUUAACCGGCGCAAACAACUUAAUCGGUUCCCACAUCCUCGACCAACUCCUAACCCGCAAUGUGGCGGUCCGCGCAGUUGUGGGGUCAAGAGAUGAGGCACUGUCCCUACAACAGCAAUAUCCCGUAACUGGACAUCCUACGCUCGACUUUGCAAUCGUUCCCCAAAAGGACAUCGCCGUGCCAGGCGCAUACGAUCUUGCCUUGAGUGGAUCCCAGGAACCUUUCGAUACUGUUAUCCAUACAGUUCCGCCAGACCCAUCCGAGGAAGCCGACUGUCUAUCCCGCUUCAUCAACGUGGAGACCGAGGCUUUGAUUAGCUUCCUGAGAAGUAUCAAGGAGGUCGCCCCUAGAGUUCAGAGAGUGAUUGUAACAACAUCUCUUACACCAUUCGCUCGCUGGCUUGUUGACCCCCAAGUGGAGCGAAUUCCUCGGAUAGGUAACCCCUCGUCACCCACAGCCGCAGAGAUUGAUUCCGAGUACGUGCUAGCAACCAGCCGAGCAAGCGACAACAUCGUCUGCGAUGCCGUCUGGAAAUGGUCCAAAGACACUCCUGUUGGAUUCGAUCUUGUCUCUCUUGCUGCUCCGAGCAUAUAUGGUCCUUCAAUACGACCACUGAGCAACUCGUCGGACCUUGAAGACGCAAACAGAAGGAUAUGGAACAUAUGCUCCAACAAUUUCAGUGAACUGGUCACUUCACCCCCUUAUGGAAUCGACUAUUAUACGGACGUCAGAGAUCUUGCUUUCGCCAAUGUGCAAGCGGUGUUCAUGCCUGAGGCACGCAACAAGAGAUUCCUCAUAUCGGCCGGGGCAAUGCCAGCAGGUUCGGUGAUUGCAGAGUUCCUCAGGAAUCAGUUCCCCGAGUUCGGAAGCCGCAUUCGCCCAGAUAGCUCACCGCCUCGUCAGCCAAUAUCAGGGGAUCCGCCUAUUGAUUUCGUUGAUACACAUCUUGCUGCCUCCAUACUCGGGCUGGUGCGAUACCGAAUGGCCGAAGAGACGUUGACAGAUCUUGCGAGGCAGAUACUCGAGCUGCACAGACGGAAGGAAUGGAAAAGAGUGAUACAAAGCUAAAUCAGAUACUAGAUAAUGGGGAAAUGUGAAUCCUUUCUUUUCUACUGGCUCGUUUCAACCACAGGAGUCAUAAAACGAGUGCUCGCAAUGCAUCAGUGGUAACUCCAAACUGGACGAGCUUUCCCUAUCCUCACCGCUCACCGCAGGGCCUAGGACGUCCACGACAGCCCGCCAUCAAGCAUAGAUUUCCCCAU